CCUCUCCGGAGGAAACUUCUCGAGCACAAAAAUAAAAAUAUCUCGCCUUUCGAUAAAUAUUUGGGAUUUGGGAUUUGGGCUUUGGGCUAUAAUAAUUUCUCCUGUGGGGAAGCCUGUUGUUGAGAUUGAUUAUUAUUAAUAUUAUGGAUCACAGCGGAAAUGAUCCUAAUCAGAAUUCCUCUCACGGUAGCAGAUACGACAUUAACAGCAAAAUCAUGAUUGCAGCGGUGAUUGUUCUGUUUACAGUUGUUCUGUUCGUCUUUCUCUUACAUCUCUACGCAAGGUGGUUUUGGAGAUACUCUGCAAGAAUUUCUCACAGGCGCCGCCAGAGUUCGAGGCUGCGCCGGCGGUUUUAUUUCGCUCAGGAGGAAGAUCUUCACACUGUGGGUUUGGACAAGGCGGUUUUGGAGGCCCUGCCUAUGUUUGUGUACACGGCGGAGAAUUUUGAAAGUGGUUUGGAAUGCGCUGUUUGUCUUUCUGAAUUUGCAGAGAAGGAAAAAGGCCGAAUUUUGCCCAAAUGCAAGCACUCCUUUCAUAUUGAUUGUAUUGAUAUGUGGUUUUACUCGCAUUCCACUUGCCCUCUUUGCAGAGCCAGUGCACAGCCGGAAGAAGAUGAGUCUGCUAAAAUAGAGGAGGUUCGUUGUGGGCAAUUAAAUCUGGAGGAGGGCCAAACUAGCGAAGGGAGAAUAAGCAGGGCUUUGCCUCAGAUUGUUAUUGAGGUGCCCAAACGGAGGAAUGAUAGUUUUUCGUCGGUGAGGGAGGAUUUAUCUUAUUCUUCGCCAAAUGGGUCUGCGAAAUCUCCUCCUGUGUGUUCACAUCUGCGCUCCCUGUCGAGAAUGUUGAGCAGAGAUAGAGAAAAAAAGGUUUUUCCUGAUGUGGAAAGCGGAGAGGGAGGAGGAGCGGCGGCGGUGGCGGCGGUGGCGGCGGUGCAGGGGUAGUUGAUUUGUUGUGCACCCAUUUUUUUAGUGUACAGUAAUAAAUUUAAAUUAUACAUGUAUACAUAAGACAAAUUAUGGAUUGGAUCAUCCAUUGGAAUUUUUAGUGUUUUUAGUACACGCAGAUAAAUUGGAUUCGCGAAUUGUUGUUGUUCGCUGAACAUACGAAUAGAUUAGCAAUACAGAAGUUAUUUGAAA